UACUUGUUGAGCCACACAGACGAGUCUGUCGAAGCACGUGUCGUAUUUGUGGUGUGCUGUUUGUGUCAUCGGCUGUGUUGUGAACAGUGGCAGGGUGAAGCAAAACUGCAACAACUACAAAGUUCAUUACAGAAGGAAGAUACCACUUACGAAAUCUAAGAAUAGAUGGGAGGAUAAUAUUAAAAUGGUUAUAAAUAGUACGAUGUGAGGGUGUGGACCGGAUUCAGCUGAUUGAGGAUAUAGCCCAAUGACGGACUGUUGUAAACACGGUAAAAAAAUUGUUUCCAUAAAAUGCAGAGAAUUUCUUGAUAUACUCGGCGACUAUCAGCUUUUAAAGGACUCUGCCACAUGGAGUUAAUCAGUUUCAGAACUAAUCAGUGAUCCCAAUGUAAAAUAUUACCCACACUGCUGAACCCAGUUUUCCCGCGACCCUUCUGAGGAACGUGUCGUGUGAACUAUGCAUUGUUUGAUUGUAUUGCGUUGUUCGUAAACAGAGAAACACAAAAUGGCACCCUUCUUCAGUUGUACACUCGAAUUCUAGUCAUGUAGGAUGCAACCUGUGUCGUCAUAACAAGCUGCGUAAGCAGUAAUACGGAACCAUAAGAAUGUUAUGUCAGUGGCAUGCUAAACAUUUAAAUUGUGAGCUGUUUGGUUUUCCAUUGACAUGAUUGGACAAGCUGAAGGCCAAGUUGGGAAGCCCUGAGAUACACUGGUCUGAUAAACCGGGCCCAUCUCCGAGCCUUAAGAUAACAGUUUUACUUUGCCUGACACAGAAGGCAUUCGAGAUCUCUUUAUUUAAAAGCAAACACGCUCCCAACGAGGGUCUGUGCCUCAGGCCCAUACUAAUGCUAUUCAAAGGACAACCAACAAGUUCUCUGUAAUAGGCCUGUAACAGUCUGGACAUCGACAAGGCCAGAAGCAGUAGAGUUUCUUCUUAUGUGUGUUUCGUGUGGAACUCGGACAUGAGGCUAGGUUCACUGGUGCCAAAUUUCUGGGCUGAAACAACGAUGGGACCGAUAAAAUUCCACGAAUGGCUUGGACAAUCAUGGUGUGUGCUGUUCUCGCACCCGGCAGACUUCACACCGGUGUGCACGACGGAACUGGGACGCAUAGCACAGGAGGCAAACGAGUUCUUCCGUCGCGGUGUUAAGCUGCUGGGCCACUCCUGCGACUCGCUCCAGCAGCACAAGAAAUGGCUUGACGACAUCAGGUCGUAUUUCCGGAACAUCCCGUUGGAGUUUCCGUACCCCAUCAUCUCGGACGAGAGCCGUGAACUGGCUGUGCGACUAGACAUGUUGGACGACGAAAAUCGUUGGGAUCCAGUUGUCGCCAGUACAAUUCGAGCCCUCUACAUCAUCGGCCCAGACUUCAAAGUUAAGUUGUCUAUGUUCUACCCCAACUCCACGGGUAGGAAUGUCCAUGAAAUACUAAGGGUGAUAGACUCUCUUCAACUUACGGAGAGGCUGAGAGUUGUCACUCCUGCCGAUUGGACGAUGGGCAAGGAAGUGAUGGUGGUGCCAGAGGUAGAGGAAGAAGACCUGCCUAAGCUGUUCCCUCGCGGAGUUGAGAAGGUCAGGAUGCCGUCAGGGAUUGCUUACGUACGAACUACCCGCGACUACGGACAUGCCAGCGAGUGUUGGGAUGGUGCUAUUAUAUGACGACGGGACUGUUUCCGCUGAACUGGCUUACAAGAUAUUUGUAACCAGUUUCCAACAACUAACAAUUGCAGAGUGGCUCGAUAGUCGCAGAUCUAAGAAGAUUAAAUAAUGCUAAAAGUA